UGUUGUGGCCACCCAAAAACGACGGCGUUGCGGGUGAGGCUUAACGCUUCGCACUGAAACACCACUGAAUAGUGAACGAAAGCCAUGGCAACGAUUCUAUCCUUCUCUUUCGUGCAACUCCAAUCUUCUCUCUUUCGUCAACGUACCAAUCUUCUCACAAGAACCUUCGCUUUUUCUUCGUCCUUCUCUUCUUCCUCUUCAGCUGCUUCUAUCUCUGCUCCCAACCUUUCCCGCAAGAAAUGGAAGCAACCUGUUUUCUCAGCGCUCGACCUCGGUGGAGUCAAGGUUAACAGAGAAGAUGUGGUGAGGGAUGAUCCUACGAAUAAUGUGCCAGACAAUAUAUUUUCAAAGUUAGGAGUGCAGCUCCAUAGGAGAGAUCAACACCCUCUUGGGAUACUCAAGAAUGCAAUAUACGAGUAUUUUGACACAAAUUAUUCAAAUAAGUACAAUAAGUUCGAUGAUCUUAGUCCUAUUGUUUCAGUGAAGGAGAAUUUUGAUGAUGUCUUGGUUCCGGAAGAUCAUGUGAGUAGAAGCUAUAAUGAUACGUACUAUGUAGACCCUCAAACUGUUUUGAGAUGCCAUACAAGUGCUCAUCAGGCUGAAUUAUUGAGAAGUGGUUACACUCAUUUCCUUGUUACCGGUGAUGUUUACCGUAGGGACUCAAUUGAUUCAACUCAUUAUCCUGUCUUCCAUCAGAUGGAAGGAUUUCGUGUUUUUGCUCCGGAGGAAUGGGAGGCAUCUGAAUUGGAUGGCACAUCAUUUGCAGCAGCUGACUUAAAGAAAUGCCUUGAGGGUUUAGCACGCCAUUUAUUUGGUUCUGUGGAAAUGCGCUGGGUGGAUACUUAUUUCCCAUUUACUAAUCCAUCAUUUGAACUUGAAAUAUACUUCAAGGAAAAGUGGUUGGAGGUUUUGGGCUGUGGAGUGACAGAGCAAGAGAUUCUAAGAAAAAAUGGGAAGCCAAACAAUGUUGCUUGGGCAUUUGGCCUAGGAUUGGAGAGGCUAGCAAUGGUUUUAUUUGACAUACCAGAUAUUCGUCUCUUUUGGUCAAAUGAUGAGCGAUUUACCUCCCAGUUCUCAGAGGGCCAGUUGGGAGUCAAAUUUAAGCCAUUUUCAAAGUAUCCUCCUUGUUAUAAGGACAUCAGUUUCUGGAUCAAUGAAUCAUUUACUGAAAACAAUCUGUGUGAACUUGUCAGAGGAAUUGCUGGGGAUCUUGUAGAAGAGGUGCAAUUAAUAGACAAUUUUACCAACAAGAAAGGAAUGACCAGCCACUGCUAUAGGAUUGCAUAUAGGUCUAUGGAACGUUCUCUUACUGAUGAUGAAAUUAACGAUCUGCAGUGGAAAGUAAGAGAUCAGGUGCAAAGCAAAUUAAAUGUUGUGUUAAGAUGAGCUCUGAUGUCUUUAUGAUUAUGAAGAGUUGCUGUUUGUUCUCAAUUUUGUUCAUGUAUAGAUCUUUUUCCUCCUCCGAGCAUGUGAUUCAUGCUAUAGACCGAUAUAUGUAUUAUUCCAUUUUUGCAUGGUCAAAAUACACUAUAAACAGGAUUUUGUAUCCUCAUUUCCCUUGACAUGAUGUUUACACCGCACAAGAUAUUGAUUGUGAUUUCUGUCUAUUCUUAGCCUCAAAAACAAGUAAAAAUAGUAAGAGCAGACUUGCA